UGAUAAUCGAUCCCACGUUUGAAGAGGCGCUCCACGAUUCUCAAGGAGGUUCUUUCUAUAUAUCAGAAAUACCUGAGGAUCCAAAUGCAAAUGCAGAUCAUUAUAUAAUGGAGUGCAAUGAGUCCAAGUUGGAAAUUUUCAGAGAUAAUGAGAUCAAAGAAAAGACCAAUGAAGUUAAGUUUGACAAAUUAGGUGAAACCCAUUAUAAGUUACAAAUUAAAGAGACUGUCUACAAGUUGUGGAACAAGCGAAUGAUGCUAUCUCCCAAAGAACUCAAACAAUCUUUCAAAGUUACCAGUAUAAGUCUAGUUAGUCAUAAUUUGAUAAUAUUUGGGACAAACACUGGGGACAUUGGAAUAUUCAAUUUAACAACGAAGGAUACUCCACAAUUGGUGAGAGCUCAUUAUAACGAUGUUACUAAAUUGAAGAUGCUCCCUUCUGGGAAAGUUUUGAUGAGUAUAGGCUUGGAUAUGCAAAUCAAAUUAUGGAGUAUCAACGAAGAAACCAUUGGAGGCCCAAUCAGAAGCUUCCGAGGACCCAUUCUGAGAAUCAAUACGAUUGCAAUAAUUGGUAAAGGACGAAACUUUGUUAGCGGGGGGGACGACGGAUCGGUUCUAGUGUACGAAUGUGGGUCGGGGGAAGUUAUACACAAGUACAACCGGAUCAACAAUCUUCAUGAUGCUGUGAACAGUAUUGUCAUUAGAGACGAGCAAUCUGGAGAAGACGAAGAAUACGCCGAUCAGUACGAAUGCCAGGGGAAAGUGAUGUACGUUGGGUAUGAGCUGGGAGUGAUCCAGGGGUAUGACUUAGGUAAAAGAUACCAAAUCAGUUCAGAUAAGUUUAUUACAAGUAGUGGGGUUGUAGACAUUAUUUUAAGUGAUGGGUAUUUGGUUGGAGGAUAUAAAGAUGGAUUUAUAAGAAUAUGGGAUUUGCAGAAACACCAUUUAGUGAAAAAGAUCAAGAUUGACGAAACAAUUGCAAAAGUGUACCAGAUCAGUCCCUGGAAGUUCAUAAUUUAUACUGGGCCCGAUAAAGUUUUUGCAAUCAAAUUCGAUAAGGACUUUAAUCAUGAUUGCGAAACCAUGAUUGGAAUGGACAUUCUAAGCAAACUACAGGACAUUUCUCAUCAUCAUCAAGAUAUCUUCUUAGUCAUUGAUGGAGACCUCUACAAUUAUCGAUAGAAAGCGUUAAAUCAAUUAUCAAUAUUCAAUAAUAUAAAUAUACGAGCUUAUAAUUUUGGUCUUGGAUCAAUUUGUUUAAAGACCGAUUCAAUAGCAGUAGCCUUCAUCAUGUUACCCUUGACCUUUAAUUUACCAUUCAUGAAUAAUUUUUGACCGUUAGCUUUACCAUUAGCCAAUUUAACAAAAUCAACAUCCUUCAAGAGUAAUUGGACAUCAGAUUUUGGUAAAGAACCAUCAAUUUUUUUAACAGUACCGUCAUUUUUCAAAUCCAAAAUCCAAGAUUGGUCUUUACCUUCCUUGUUCUUAAGAGUAAUGACUAUAACAGCCUUAACACCAGCAAUGGCCUUUUGUUUGAUUUUAUUAUCAGCUAAACCAUCGUGUAAUUCUUUGAAGAAAGGAGAGGCUUGGAAUCCAUCAGCAGCUAAGUCA